UUGCAGCCGGGCGUGGCGUUCCUGCGUCAGCCGCCCCUCCGCUGCUCCGCAGCCCCGGGGGCGCAGUGGUGCACCGGCGGCAGAGCCUGGGCCUCUGCCGGGGCCCAGGUUCCCUUUUCCGUCUCCUUGCCCUUCCUCCUGCUCUCACCGUGAAGGCCGGGAGGGUGGAGUAGCUGCGCGGGGCCGAGUGGGGGUGGGGAGCCGGUGCCCCGGGGCUCCAGUCCGGAGCUGGGGGUGCGGUGGCAUCGAGGAGCCCCCCGCCGCCCGCAGGCUGGAACUCCCAGGGGCAGCCCAGCUCCUCCGCUGCCGCCCCCGGCUCUGCGGUCAUGCCGAGACUAUUUUUAGGCCUUUGGGGCCGGUUUCGGGGAGCUGGAGCCGGAGCCGGAGCUGGGCGAUGGGAGGGCGCCGGCCCACUUGUUGCGAGGUGUCCGGGCCGCUAGGCGGAUCUGCUCUGGACGGAGGCUCUGAGGCCUUUGUGACACUGACCACAAACGAUUCCUACGCCAAAGGAGCCCUGGUCCUAGGCUCAUCUCUGAAACAGCACAAGACCACCAGGAGGCUGGUGGUGCUCACCACCCCACAGGUCUCAGACUCUAUGAGAAAAGUUUUAGAGACAGUCUUUGAUGAAAUCAUCAUGGUAGACGUUUUGGACAGUGGUGAUUCUGCUCAUCUAACCUUAAUGAAGAGGCCUGAGUUGGGUGUUACGUUAACUAAACUCCAUUGCUGGUCACUUACACAGUAUUCAAAAUGUGUGUUCAUGGAUGCAGAUACUCUGGUCCUAGCAAAUAUUGAUGAUCUUUUUGAGAGAGAAGAAUUGUCAGCAGCACCAGACCCAGGGUGGCCUGACUGCUUCAAUUCCGGAGUCUUUGUUUAUCAGCCUUCAGUGGCAACAUACAAUCAGCUGUUGCACAUGGCUUCUGAGCAAGGUAGUUUUGAUGGUGGGGACCAGGGUUUACUGAACAUGUUUUUUAGCAACUGGGCAACAACAGAUAUCAGAAAACACCUGCCAUUUAUUUAUAACCUAAGCAGCAUUUCUAUAUACUCCUACCUCCCAGCAUUUAAAGUGUUCGGUGCAAAUGCCAAAGUUGUGCAUUUCCUGGGACAAAUCAAACCGUGGAAUUAUACUUAUGAUGCUAAAACAAAAAGUGUCAAAAGUGAGUCCCAGGAUCCCACCAUGAUUCACCCAGAGUUCCUAAGCCUGUGGUGGGACAUCUUCACCACCAAUGUGCUACCUCUGCUCCAGCAGUUUGGCCUUGUCAAAGAUACCCAGUCACACCUAAACGAGCUUUCAGACUUGGUCUAUACACUGGCUUUCUCUUGUGGCUUCUGUAGAAAGGAAGAUGUCUCAGGAGCCAUAUCACAUCUGUCCCUUGGGGAGAUCCCGGCUGAGGCACAGCCUUCUGUAUCCUCAGAAGAACGGAAGGAGAGGUGGGAACAAGGCCAGGCUGAUUACAUGGGAGCAGAUUCCUUUGACAACAUCAAGAGGAAACUUGACACUUACCUCCAGUAGCAACACUGCCAUUUUUCCGUGGACACACACACACUUCACAGGCACUUUUUUCUGAUACUUAGUAUCUAGAGCUAGGUCUGUUACGGUUGCUAGAGGGUUUUACUAAAAUUAUUCAUCACAUAAGGGAUUUUUGUAGGACAACAGAUGAGAACUGGACAGAAGUUAUGAAGUAGCUAUGUUGUUAAAUGGACAGUAUUCUGGCUUUUUUUUAACCCUAGGCUUAUUCAGCUAAUGUUUCGGAAAUUCUCAGUUAAGCCAAUUGCCAACUUGGUGAGGGAAACUUAAUCUUAAACUAUUGAGAUGGCUAUUAUCAGCUCUUAAAAUGUGUUGAGCCAGGUGUCAAAUCGUCUCUCUUCAAAUGAGACACAGUAUCUGCCUCAUGCCUGCUUGUUGUACCUUCACUAGACCUGCACUUGAGAAUUGUCCAGGGGCUGCAGAGUGACUGUAAUUCUGCUUUGAGGUGAAGACAGCCUGUAAUAACAUUGCUGAGUGAUUCAUACACAUUUCAACAAAUGACAUUAACCCAUUUCUUUCCUAGUCUUAGUAUCUGAAGAUGUUCACCAAUUUUCCAUGUACAGUGAGGCAGCAUGCUAACAUGCUUUUGUUCAGUUCUGUAUAUCUGAAAACAGCAGUGUGUUCCUUGAUGGUACCUGCAGUGGCACCUUGUAUGAAAAAUAAAGAUUUAUUGCCAUCUU